UAGGCGAUGAAUACAGUGUGAAAUGUUGUCGAAGAUACUGCCUAGACUAUUUACCCCUUGGAUAAAUCAUUCAUGUGCCAGGCUCUGAGAUGGUGGAUUCGACGGGGAACGAUCUUAAUAUUGUUCUCAAUCAAUCGGAUGGCGAGAGCGUUUUUAUUCAAUACCUUCAAUAGCUAUCCUUGCUCAUAUCAGCGCCUCGCUCAAAAGUUCCCGACAAUACUCAACGCCAACGGCAUAGCUAUGAUAGUCGGACUUCAUGUGACGUCUAGGUGCGGCUCUGAGUAUGGAUGACGGCAAGUAUGACAGUUUAUGUGCAGGACUCGUUAUGACAGUCCGUCUGGUCGCAUCUCCUCUGUCAGGACAUAUUCUGUUCCUAUCAUUCAAGCUU